AUGGCACAAAUUGGCUCCCUACUGAUUACUGCAUUUGCUGAAUCAGUCCCUGCCGCUCUUUGUGGCGUACUUCUUGCAUCGUUCUCUUGUGGUUUUGGUGAAACAACAUAUCUAGGACUAGCAAGUCACUAUUCCAAGUCAAUUCAUCAGUUUUUUUCUAGGAACACAAUCUCAACAUGGUCAUCUGGUUCUGGCAUGGCCGGACUAGCUGGCACAUUCUCCUACGCCGCCUUGACCGAUGUAAACCUUCUUGGCUUUACACCUACAAAAGCUAUGCUAGUCAUGCUUAUAGUUCCAAUCUUGUUCACUUUUUCGUAUGUUUCAGAUACUUCUUUAACUUAUUAA